UAAUUGAAAAAAAAAGAAAAAAAAAAGGGAUCAAUAUUGAGUAAAGGCAAAGGCUGAAGUGGCCCUCAAAUUGGAGGCAGACCCAAGUUUGGUAGAUUUGCUGGCAAAGGGAGAUUCGUUUCACCAUUGAAAUGGGGCCUGCAAUCCACUCAACCAAGCUGAUAUUGAGCUAAUCUUUUCACUCACGCAAUUAAAAAAAAUCAAUCAGGCCUCAACAACUUAAGCUAAGUCAAGACUCAAGUCAGCUUUGUACUCACACUCUUUUUAAGUUUCUUGUCCUCUGUCCCUUUCUUCUCUUCAAUAUAGUGUCAGUUCACGGGAUUUACAUAGAACCAAAGUCUAAUAUUUUCACAGAUCCUAUUAUCUCCUAAUUACUGCUACUUUUAUUGAGCCACCCUUUGGAGUUGGAUCCAAUUUGCAACUCAAUUGCUUAGAGAUCCAUUUUUUUUUUUUCAAUUCAUGUAAUUAAAAUAGCUACUUUAAACUCUCUGAUUGGGCCGGGAAUAUGGGCUUGAAAUUGAUGAGAAGGUCCAAUUCCCAGAAAUCUCAACAAAGAUGGAAGAUAAAGGUGUUUGUUAUGAUUUUACUUGUUUUUUUCUUCGGGACUUUAAUAAUAAUGGAGACGCAGUAUAGUAGAAUUAGAAUGUUAGCGUUGCUCUCUACUCCUACAGUUCAAAAUCCCAAAAUUGCCUUUCUGUUUAUAGCUCGGAAUCGUCUGUCUUUGGACAUCGUUUGGGACGCAUUUUUUCAGGGUGAUAAGGAAAACAAAUUUUCAAUAUUGGUUCACUCACGACCAGGGUUUAUAUUUAACAAAGUAACGACAAGAUCAGCGUAUUUCUUGAAUCGCCAAGUUAACGAUAGUAUACAGGUAGAUUGGGGAGAAGCAAGCAUGAUCCAGGCAGAGCGGAUUUUACUUCAGCACGCAUUGAUGGAUCCUCUCAAUGAACGAUUUGUUUUUAUUUCAGACAGUUGCAUACCUUUGUACAACUUCAGCUACACAUAUGACUACAUAAUGUCUACGCCAAAUAGUUUUGUUGACAGCUUUGCUGAUACAAAACAAGGCCGCUACAAUCCCAAAAUGGAUCCAAUUAUUCCCGUUCAAAGCUGGAGGAAAGGUUCUCAGUGGGCUGUUUUAAACAGAAAGCAUGCAGAUAUUGUAGUGAAGGAUGAAAGAUUAUUUCCUAUGUUUCAGUUGCAUUGCAAGAAAAAGCCACUACCUGAGUUUUGGCGGGAUCAGUAUGUGCCUCCAGAUACAUCCAAAAUUCAUAAUUGUAUACCUGACGAACACUAUGUCCAAACUCUGCUUGCUCACCAAGGACUUGAAGAUGAAAUUACACGGAGGACACUGACUCACACUUCAUGGAAUAUUUUAGCCAACAAGGAGCGUGAUCGGAAAGGAUGGCAUCCCGUUACCUAUAAAUUAGCAGAUGCUACUCCCACACUAAUCCAAUCUAUCAAGGACAUAGACAACAUAAAUUAUGAGACAGAAUACCGGAGAGAGUGGUGCACCAGCAAGGACAAACCUGCCCCUUGCUUCCUCUUUGCAAGGAAGUUCACUCGUCCUGCAGCUCUGAGGCUUCUCACUAUGUCUGUGCUUGGACUUUUCCACGAGGAAACGAGCGACUCUUGACAUCUAUAAUGCAGUACACCAUCAAUCUACGAGUUCAACACCUGUUAGAAGAUAUACAAAGUUGACUACCUACAGAAAAUUGUAAUAUAGGUAAUAAAUGGGAAGACGUGUAAGUAGAAAGAAAAACUAAUGAGAUUUGUCUUGCCUUUUUUGUAUAUUUGUAUUAUUUUCAGUCAAAACUCAAAAAUGUUUGACCGUAUAGUUAAGUAGAGUGAACUAUAUCCAUUAAAUUAUCAUUCUAUAUUUGUUUUCCA